GCCGCCUCAGUCCACGCAGUCAACACACACAAACACAAGGUUCUUUUCCUUUCCACGCUCCCUCCGAAUCAUGGCUGUCGGGAAGAAUAAGGGCCUGAACAAAUCGGGCAAAAAGGGAUCCAAGAAGAGGGUUGUCGACCCCUUCACCCGUAAGGACUGGUACGAUGUGAAGUCCCCGGCGCUCUUCACCAACAGGAAUGUGGGCAAGACGCUCGUCAACAGGACUCAGGGCACGAAAAUUGCCUCUGAGGGUCUGAAGAGCCGUGUGUUUGAGGUCUCACUGGCUGAUCUCCAGAAUGAGACUGAUGCUGAGAGGAGCUUCCGUAAGUUCCGCCUCAUCGCUGAAGAGGUCCAGGGCAAGAAUGUUCUUUGCAACUUCCAUGGUUUCAGUCUGACCACUGACAAGAUGAGGUCCAUGGUCAAGAAGUGGCAGACUCUGAUUGAGGGAAACACUGAUGUCAAGACAACCGACGGAUACCUGCUCCGUGUCUUCUGUGUGGCCUUCACUGAGAAGAUGGCUAGUCAGACAAAGAAGACUGCCUAUGCCCAGCACAUGCAGGUUAAGAACAUCCGCAGAAAGAUGGUGGACAUCAUCACCCGUGAAGUGGCCAGCAGCGAGCUGAAGGAAGUAGUAAACAAGCUCAUCCCUGACACAAUGGCUGAUGAUAUCCGCAAGGCCUGUAACUCCAUCUACCCCCUUAAGGAUGUACACAUUCGUAAGGUCAAGGUUCUGAAGAAGCCUCGUUUUGACCUUGGCAAGUUGCUGGAGAUGCACGGAGAAAGUGGCAAGGCCAUUGCCAGCGGUGAGGAUGUUGGAUCCAGGGUUGAUCGCCCAGACAAUUAUGAGCCUCCAGUUCAAGCCAGUGUCUAAAUAAAUAAUAAGGACAGUGAA